AUGGCAGUCUCCACCGAGAAGAUCACGCUCUACAACCUCGCAGACUUGAAGAACACCUCUGACGACGCGCUCCCCAACUACCUGAAUAGUCUGGGACUGAAGCAGUCACACACCUUGACUGACGUGCGCCUGGCCCUUGGAUACUCUGCCUUCUUUGUCGCAGCAGCCUGUUUCCUUUGGGACUACAAGCUCGGCUUCGACAACACAAAGUACUACACUGCCGGGGCAGUCGCCGUCUACUCGCUCCUGAACACGGCCCUCACGCUGUGGAUAUGGCUUAAAGAGAAGGGCAUUGUCUACGUGGGCACCACACCGCGUGGGGAGACGGUCACGAUCGCAACGCACACUAAGAAGAACGUACCCAUCUACAACGUGACCAUCACCAUCACGCCCAGGACCGGCCAGCCCACCACAAUCAACCUGUCCCGCUCCUUCACCGAGUGGUUUGACGCCGCCGGCCGCUUCGUCGCGACACCCUUCCAGACUAUGCUCGCCUCCACGGUCCCCGUCAUCGGCAGCCUCGACCCCAAGAGGGCCAACGUCGCGGCCGUCGAGUCUGCGCCGCAGUAUACCGAGGAGGAGCUCAGUGCCAUGUUGGCCGCUGCUGGGGCGUCUCCUGAGGACACUGCUGAGGCGACGGGGUCCAGCGCCAAGAAAGGAGGGAAGCGGAGAAAGGCGUAG